GUCUUUAUUAGGCCCUUUUGCUCCAGCUGAAAGUCCUUUGAUUCAAUACUCACAGCUUAAUUCAAAUCGAAUGGCUGAUAAACCAGAAAGAAAAAUGUUGCCUCAGAGAGUUAACUCUCCUCAUCUUCCAAAAAAAGAACUCCUGCCCACCGUUCACCCCUUCGCUCGUAUGGUUGCCGGGCUCCUCUCUCCAAUGUCGCUGGAGGAUCAAAGAUGGGCUUAUUCCUUUAGUUGCCAUGCCAUAUUUGGUACCUUUAUUGUUUCCUUCCCAAUUGCUUAUGCUGUUCAAAACGUCUUUUUUUGCGUCUAUUCUAUUUUAGUGGCGGCUUGUGUGUCGGCCGUUGUGUGCUUACCAAACUGGCGGCAGAAUAUAGAUUACAAUUUGACUUUUGAGGCAGAUGAAAAGGUAGAUGCAUACUACAAGAAACUCACUGCUGCCAGAGAAUCGAUGAAAGAAAGUGUCAGCAGCGGUGGGAAGGAUAUAAAAAUUGAAUGA